AUGGGUGACUUUAAUAUCAACGUGGCAGCUGAGCAACCUUCGAGUAGUCUCGUUGCACUCAAUCGUAUCCAUACAGCCUUCAACCUCUUUAUUCUACCGACUGCUCCUACCAGAAUCACUGAACACAGCUCUACGACAAUAGAUUUGCUCGUGACGGACACACCCCAAUCCAUAAAAAAAGCGAAAACAUCUUCAGCCAACACGUUAUCAGACCACGAGAUCGUAUUUCUUAUUGCCGAUCUGCGUAUACCCGAACCACCACCUCAGCUCAUUACGGUUAGAAAUCUACGUUCUAUCGAUCAAGCUAGACUCCAUGUUGACUUCCAAAACCGUGACUUCUCACAGUUUUACAAUACACCCAACGUCGACACGAAAACGCAACUGCUUACGGCCGAAUUAAAAUCUCUUCUUGACACCCACGCACCAGAGCGCACUACUAUCGUUCGAGAUAGAAAGACACCAUGGAUCACAUUUGAGAUCAAGCGAGCAAUUGCGGUCAGGGACCUCGCAUAUUCCCUCUAUGUAAGGAAUCCAAACAGAUUUAAAGGAGACGCACAGUGGGUGGAAUAUAUAAGAGAACGUAGCAGAGCCAACUCCUUAAUCUCAAAUGCUAAGAAAAGAUAUGCAGAGCGCUGCUUUUCGAAUGAUAUCUCUCCCAAACAACUUUGGAGUAAUUUAAGAAGAGAAGGAGUUCACAACAACUCCAAAAGAUCCUCACCUGAUGAAGGAUUCGACAUAGAUCUGCUUAACGCGUUCUUCUCUGACGGCCAUCAAACGAACCGGCCUGGCCCAACGCCAGCUCCUGAUGUAAUCACCGAACCGACGAGAACUACAAGGCGCUUCUCUUUUCACCAGAUAACGACAAACGAAGUUUCCAAUAAAUUAUUCGAAAUUCAGUCAAACGCAAUAGGCUGCGAUAAUAUUCCAGUAUCCUUUCUGAAGCUCUUGUGCCCAUUCAUCCUUCCAGUCAUGAAGCACCUGUUCAAUACCAUUAUCUCAUCGAACCAUUUUCCAUCGUGUUGGAAAAAGGCCAUCGUCACACCAAUACCUAAAGUAACGAGCCCUACUUCAGCUAAGGAUUUUAGGCCAAUUAGUGUGCUUCCAGCUAUAUCCAAGGUGUUAGAGAAGAUUCUGCUAUCCCAAAUCACAUUACACCUCAAUGAAAGCGAUCCACCACUUCUAGCAAUGAACCAAUCCGGCUACCGCAAGGGAUACUCUACAACAACUGCGCUCACCAAAGUGGUCCACGACAUGACAACCGUCGUCGACCAACUUCGAUAA